UUUUCAUCAGUGGAUGAAAAAAAAGUAUUGAUUAAUUAAUAAACAGAAUAUGUUUCUACCACGUUCAGAAGGUCUUACACUGAAUGAAUUUCUAUCUUUACAUUCUUCUGAUAUUAGUACCAUACCAUUACAAUCAACAAUUUAUAAUCAUAAUCAUAAUAACACUUCAAUUGAACAAAAGUUUAAUAAUCAACAUUCAAGGAAUUUUUCUACAUUCAUGAACCAUUCAACAAUAAAACAACCAAUGAAUAAAGAAGAAAUUAUCAAUCCAUCAAUUCUAACACGAACGAAAUCAAAUUUCUCAAAUAAACAACAAUUAAAACGAUCCAAUACAAUUAGUGUAACUAAAAAUAUAAAUGAGAAAUUGAAUAGUAAUAUAUCAAUUGAUGAAUUAAUACAAUCAACUAGACAACAAAAGAAACAUUUACCUGUACAAUAUAAUCCAUUAAAUGAUACGGUUAUGGAUAAUAAUGGUUUAAUUCAAAAAUUACAUCAACAACGAUUAUUUCAACGAGCUCAAAGUGAACAUCCUAUCCGCGAUAAUAGUGAUGUUAAUAAUAAUAAUGUUCCAAACAGUCACAGUGUAAGUUUACCACCUCAUACAUGGAAUAAUAAUAAUAAUAAUAAUACUUCGUCUACAUUUCGUUCAAUAUUUUCACAACGUGGAUAUAAUUUUGGGCGACCAUUUUGGCAACAAAAUUUUACAUCUGAUCAAAAUGAAUUAAAACCAUCAUUAGGUAGUAACGUCAUCAACGUCAGCGACCAUAUCUUCAACAGGAACACCAACACAUUUUAAUAAACCAUGUUCUGACCAAUACACUUCUAAAAUGAUGUGGAGUGAAAAAUUUGUGGAGGAAUUUUUAAAGAAAUCUUUAUUAACGACUUCAGCAAACAAUGUGGUGCAUAAUCAAAAUGAACCAGUCUGUUUAUCCAGAAGUUUUUCAGGUACAACUCUGGUUCAAUGGUUUUGCCGACAUAUCAUUAAAUCUGGAUGUCCUUGGAGUCAUGGCUUAAUUUCAGUUGUAUGUCAACUUUGCAACUGCCUUUUACAAUUGGGUGUUCUUAGACGUGAUCUGAAGUCAAAAACGGUCAACUCCACAUCGACAGAUAAUAAAUCAUUUCGCAUACAUAACAUUAAUUCAUAUAGAAAUUCCUCGAACACUACUGCAGAGAUAUUUGAGCUUAAUAUGGAUUAUGUAUGGAGUGGUAAUAAUGUACAAGAAAAUACAACUGUUAUCAAUAGUUCAAUGAAUGCAAAUGAUAAUCAGCAACAAUCAUUACAAGAACAACAACAAAUUGAUGAAUAUAAACAGUUUCAAAUGACUAUUUAUAAUCAUAUAAUAAAUCUUCAUAAAGAAUUUCAAUAUGAAUUAGAUCGAGUAACAAGAGAACAUGAAUUACAAUUAUUCAAGGUAAAAAAAUCAAGGUGUUAUGAAAGUGUGUCAAUUAACUGAUAGAAUUGAAGCAUUAGAAAAUCAUAUUGAAAAAUAUCGUAUACUUGCCGGUAUAGAACAAUUAAAUAAAUCAACUACAAUAAAUAGUAACCAUUCAUUACAUAAUUGUUAUUCUUCAUCAUUAUUUACUAAUAAAAAUCGAUUAUCUAAAGUGACGUUUAAUUUAUCUAAUGAAAAUGUAUUAAAUCAAUUAUCUAGAAGAACAAGAGCAUUCAGUGAAACAAUUGAUAUGAAUCAUUUCAAUGAUAAGAAUACUUAUAAUAAACCGGAUUAUAUCAAAUCAAGUAUUAGACAUAUUUUAAAUGAUAUAGAACAGUUAUUAUCACCAGCAUCUCAACAACAACAACAACAAUAUCAUCAAUUGGAUCAACAACAGGAACAACAACAACAUCAUCGUCAUCAAUCGGAUCAACAACAGGAACAACAACAACGACUUCAACAUUCCAGAUCGAAUUCAAUGAAUCUGUACAAAUCUCAUGAAUUAUCACUUUUAAAAAAUUCUAAACAAAAAUGUGAAUCUUUUAAUAAUCAAGAAAAAGAAAAUUCUUUUAAUAAUAAAAAUUGUACAGAUUUAAAUUUUCAUUCAUUUGAUAAUGGUAAUGAUAGGAUUAUAGAAGAUAAUGCAAAUAAGAUGAAUAAUUUAUCGAAAUUCAACGAUUAUAAUAUACAUCAACAUGAGAAUUCAAUGAAUACAACAUUAACAAACAAUAAAAAGGACAGUGAAAUUCAUCAAAAAAUAAAUUUAAGAAAUUCCACACCCAGAUUCCUAUCCGUACCACCACAUUCGAAAUUUAAUCUAGAUCAAACUACUUCUAUGUUAUAUAAUCAACCGGUUCUUGGAAUUUUAGCCAAAUAUGGUGCAAACAAUAAACACAAUACUCUUAAAACAUCUAUGAAGGAAGACCACUGAUGAACAACAACGACAAUAACAACAACAGGGAUAAUUAAAUGCGUGAAAGAUGUCAAACGAAUUGAUAAAAACAGGGAAAUAACAUAACUAAAGGAAUAGAUUUUUUUCACUCUAUAUUGGAUUGAUACACUUAUUGGUACUUCAAUAUUUACAUAUUAACACUUCAACUAUCUGAUAAACGUUCCAAUUGUUGUCGUAUCGACUACAUUAGAACACUCACUUACUUACUUACUUACUUACGCCUAUUACUCCUCGUGAAGGAACAUAGGCCGCUCACCAGCAUUCGCCAUCCAACCCUGUCCUGGGCAAUCCUUUCCAGCUCCUUCCAGGUAACAAUUAAUUGAUUUUCAAUAAAAAUAAUAAUAAUAAUAAUAAUAAUAAUAAUAAUAGUAAUUAGUUAACUAUCUAGUUCUUCUAUGUUUAUUCAUUUCACCCAUUUGUAUUGUACACUUGUAACUAUUAUAUGAUUUGAUUAAAACAACAAUUUUGUUUAUUUAUGGUUGAUUCAUUAUGUUAGAGUGGAAUUGUUUAUUAUAAAUCCAGUUUCUAAAUAAGAUAAUUGAUUCUAUACAGCGCUUAUGAUUCUAUUUAUAUCAGUGUAGUUCUCAUUCUCUUAUUUUGGUUUGCUUUUCAAUGAAUAAAUAAUGCAUAGAACAAUUUUGGCAAUAGAUUCUUAUUGAUAAUUUUUUUGGAAGGGGGGAAUUCUCAUUCUGUUUGUAAAAAUGUUAUGACAUAGCGUUUGAGACUGAUAGGUCCUGGGUUCGAAUCUGGUGAGGUGGGAUCGUAGAUCCGCAGUGCUAAGGGGUCACACAAUAGAAUGAAACGGCCAUCUAGUACUUUCAGAUUUUCCAUGGUGGUCUAGCUUUAACUGACUUAUAAUCAGCUAAAAUCCUAUCAAACUGGUAUGAUAAGAAUUAGCGUAAUUUCCGCUAGUGUAUCUCUUGUUGUCGAACCAAAAAGUUUUAAGUUUUAUAUUUUACAUUAUAAUCAAUGAUAUUGUAAUUGAAUUGUAAAAUCAGCCAUUUUACUAAUAGAGUUAGACAAUUAUAUUAUAAGUAAAGGAAAAUAACUUGAUUCAAUCUUAACAUAAUAAUUGGAGUUCAACAUUUCCGUUUAUUUAUAUCUAGAUGUUAUUAACAUCUAUAAAGUAGUUUUUCAAAGAGAAUA